AUGUCUGCUGAGGUGCAGGACGUUUUUAUCAAGCUUAUUGGUACCAGGGAUUGUAAUGUUCAGGGAUGUGAUGUGGAUAGUAUCCGAGGGGAGGACUUUACUGCUGCUGUGAAGUACUUCUAUAGUACAUCUGUGAUGCACCCUGCUUUCAAUUCUACAACCAUCGUGUUGGUUCCUAAGUCUCUCAAUCCUAGUUCGACCAAGGAUUUUCGACCCGUCUCCUACUGCUCUAUGGUUUACAAGACUGUCACUAGGAUUCUUGUGGAUAGAUUGGAUCCCUUUUUUCCAAGUAUGGUUUCACUCAAUCAAACUGCUUUUGUGAAGGGGAGAUGUAUUGUGGAUAACACAUUGUUAGCUCAGGAAAUUGUCAAGGGCUAUGCUAGGAAAACCUUAUCUCCUAUGAUUGCUCUUAAGAUUGAUCUUCAAAAGGCCUUUGAUUCUUUGAAUUGGGAGUUUUUGUCGGCUAUUUUGGAGGCUAUGGGAUUAACAGCCGUUACUGGAGAAAUUUAA